AUGCUUAUCGGUAUAUGCGGUGGCAUCUGCGCAGGAAAGCAUGCCAUCGCGGAGUAUCUUAUCCGCGAGCAAGGCUUUGAGUUGCUCCAAUUGGCAAAUAAGAACCCCCUGCCGAUAACGAAUGAGUUACGAGAUCCAGCGCGCCUAGAAAAGUCGGAAACAAAGAGCCUGCCGAGUCAUAAAGAUGAAACGGUUUUCGAAACCGUCGAUUCGCUACUCGAUUUUGUCACAAAACGAUGGACGGAACAUUGGGUCACGACGGAUAUUUGGGAUCAUACAACCUUGGACCGCCUUCUUCUGAGGCCGUUUUUCUUGCUCGUGAGUGUAGAUGCUCCAGUGAGUCUGCGUUGGCAACGGUUCCGGGACAGGUGUUCGCGUCAACAAUUAGAUCCACCAGAUUUGGAGAAGUUUGUCAUGUGGAAUGACCGACAUUUAUAUGACAGAGAAAUUGGCCGAGCUUACCUCACGGAUAGAGCUCAGGUUCGCUUGUUCAAUGCUUCGUCAUCGUUAGAAGAACUCCAUGCAGCCUUAAAAAGGCUGGAUUUGUCAAACGAUGAGCGCUUACGACCGACCUGGGACCAGUACUUUAUGCAGCUCGCAUCUCUGGCCGCACAGCGGAGCAAUUGUAUGAAGCGACGAGUCGGCUGUGUCAUUGUUCGAGACCGCCGAGUUAUCAGUACGGGUUAUAACGGCACGCCACGUAAUAUAACCAAUUGCAACGAGGGAGGAUUCAAGAUCGCGCAAGUCGGAAUUUCCGAGGUCGUCUACUCGAAAGGCUACAAUAUGGACAAAGAGAGUGCGGAAAUUCUCAGCGCUGCUGGCAUUCAUCUGCGUCAAUUCUCUCCGGUGAGGUCCAACGAACGAUACGUUGCAAACCCACGCUGA